AUGAAUUCCCUCGUAUUUCCGAUUAUCUGCAUUCUUCUAUUUCGCAACUCCUUAGCUACAUUCGACGACGAUUUACAAACUAUAUUGGAUUUCUACGAUCCCAAAGGCACAAAAUGUGUAUUCAAUCAAAGUGAAAUAACAUCUAAAACUAUAGAUUUCUUUCCAAAAUGCCAAAAAGUGUAUGGUUUGAUUAUAAUCAAUUCCAAUACGGAUUUUUCACUGGCUCAAUUGUCAAAAGUCUUUGAAAAUAUGACCGCCUUAUAUGGUGGAAUCAAAGUGGAGAACUCCAAUCUUACGAGUUUAUCCUUUUUAACUGUAUUCAUGUUCACCAAAUUUGAUCUGUAUUGUGAGACAUAUGGAGUAUUCAUUGAAAAUAAUCGAUAUUUAAACGAUGCUCAGCAGCUAAAGAGUAUAAAUCAGAUAGCGGGUGAAGCAACAAAAGAAUGCAAGUUUCGAGUUGAGAAUAACCCUAAAUUGAAUAUGGAGGAUGUAUGUCGUUAUUAUGGUCUAGCAAGUACAACUGUUCUAGAAGCAAGUGGGAAUAAGAAAGAAUGUGGUAUCACUUUUUUUCCCAAUAACCAUUUACAGUAUAACAGAAGUUCAGGCUGCCAAGGAAACCAGAUAAAUACGACGUCAAUCUCCGAAUUCAAAAAAUGCACAACUACUUAUAACGGAUUACAGUUUUCGAAUAUUUCGGAUGUUUCAUCUCAUUUAUCGAAGAUUGAUUUUAUAAAUGGACCCAUAAACAUUCAGAAUUCCGAUAUUCAGAAUUGA